AUGCAGGAUCACAAAACACUUAUCAAUAUUUUUUCGAGUCAACGGUGUGGUGUUAAUAUGGUUCAUUUUAAUGCAAGAAGCCUCUCUGGCCUUAAAUUAGAUUAUGUUAGAAGUGUUUUUGAAGGCUCCAAAGUUGAUGUCAUUUGUGUUUCCGAAACUUGGUUUGAUCAUAACAUAAGCAGCGUUUUUUUUUCCUUGAACGGUUUUGAUUUAUUUAGACAUGACAGGAAACAUAGAUUAGGUGGCGGAGUGGCUAUUUUCUGUAAGUCACAUUUAAAAGGUCAAUUAGUGUCUGUCUCAAUGGAAACUGAAAUUGAACACAUUAGCGAGCGUGUACUUGCUGGCAACUACAAAAUUUUAGUUACUUGUGCCUAUAACCCUAACAAAAUAUUUUCCUGCGAUCCUCUCUUUGAUUCUCUUCUACCUAUUGCCGUUAAGUUUGAUUUUCUUGCAGUAUUCGGCGAUUUCAAUAUUGAUUUCCUGUUAAAUUCUGCUAAAGCAGCUAAAUUAAAUGACCUUAUGACUAUGACGGGUUUAAGUGUUGAAAAUAACUCCAUGCCUACUAGGUUUAGCAACAAUGUACGACCUAGUCUUCUUGAUUUAGUUGCUGUCUCUGACUUGAGUAAAGUUUUGUUUUUCGAGCAGAUUUCGUUUGUGUCUGAUCCUGACUUAUUAUUUGUGACUUUUGAUUAUAAUGCGACUAAAACAUUUACUCCUACACAAUUCUCUUUUUGGGACUUCAAGUCUAUUGAUACUCGGAGAUUGUUCAGUGAACUGAAUUCUGUUGACUGGAGUGGUUGUUGGUUUAGUGCAUCAGUAGAUGAAAAAUUGGGAGUCUUUAAUAACAUAUUGUCAGAUUUUUUACAUCGUUUUGUGCCGUAUCGUACAGUAUGUGCAAAAAAUUCGUCUUGUCCUUGGUUUAAGCCUUAUAUUAAACGAAAAAUUAACUAUAGAAAUAAAAAAUAUGCUGUUUGGAAGAAAUAUCCCACGGCACUCAAUUGGAUGCGAUUUAAAGUGGCUAGGAAUUUAGCUUCUGCGGCUAUUUAUAAAGCCAAAUUAAUGUUCUUUAAAUCCAAACUUGGAGGUCGUCAGCAAACAAAAUCUCUCUGGAAUAAUAUUAAAUCUUUAGGAAUUAUAAAAAACUCCACAGCUGUGUGCUCCUUAGAUCCCAAUAACCUAAAUGAUUAUUUUGUUUCGUCUGUUGGUAGUAGAUUGAGAGUCAAUCCUGCUUUCCCUUGUCUUGAACAUGCCGGCUCUGAGAGUAUAUUUAGUUUCGAGUGUGUUAGUGAAGAAGUAGUUUUCAAUAGUGUAAUGAAAAUUAAAUCAAAUGCAAUUGGUAUUGAUAAAAUUCCUUUGAAGUUCUUAAAACUCACUCUUCAGUCAAUUAUUUCUCCUCUGACACAUAUAAUAAAUCACUGUUUUGCUUCUUCAACAUUUCCUAAUACAUGGAAGCUUGCAAAAAUUAUUCCAAUUGAAAAAAAGUCAAAUGCAUCCCUAUGCUCUGAUUUUCGCCCAAUUAGCAUUCUUUCCUCGCUCUCGAAG